GGCAGACCCAGCCCGCUCGGCCGACGCCUUCCUCGAGGGCGUCCUCCCCCCUUCCUCCCGCGACGACCGCUCCUCGCGCCACUCCGACUCGCGCCGCCGCUCCCGCUCCCCCGACCGCGCAGACCGCGACCGAGCCGACCGCGACUACCGCUCCUCGUCCCGCCGCUACGACGACGACCGCUCCCACUCGUCCUCGCACCGUCGAGACCGCGACCGCGACUACGAGCGCGACCGCGAACGCGAGCGCGACCGUGACCGGGACUAUGGCCGUCGCAGCGGCGGUGGGUACGACGACUCGCGCCGCAGCCGCGGCUACGACGACUACGAACGCGGCCCUCCUCCUCCCCCGAGGGGCGGCGGCGGCGGCUACAACGGCGACCGCUACGGCGGCGGCGGCGGUGGAGGCUACGGCGGCGGGUACGACCGCAGGGGACCGCCCCCGGGUCGCGGCUACGGCGGUGGAGGCGGCGGCGGCGGUGGUGGUGGACGGCGAGGCGCACCUCGCGGUCGCGACGCGCCCGUCUUCGAGGGCUUCGACGACCGCGGUCGCAGGAGCCCGACGCCCGAGGGUACCAUCCCCAUCAGCAAGCGCAAGCGCCAGUUUACCGCCUGGGACGUCAAGGCGCCCGGCAUGGAGACCUACACGACGACUCAGGCCAAGAUGACGGGCAUGUUCAACCUUCCCGGCCAGACCAAGCCGUACCUGCCCGCCGGCGCCGACACGACCGACAACCCGCCCUUGUUCUACCGUCCGCCCGUGUUCGGCACCGUCGGCCCCGGCGCGCCCAUCGGCUCCCAGGCCCGCCAGUCGCGCCGCCUGUACGUUGGCAACGUCGGCGUCGAGGCGACCGAGGAGUCGCUCCAGCAGUUCUUCAACAGCGAGAUGGCCCGCAACGGCCUCUUGAGCGACGGCCACCUGAGCGAGGACCUCCAGGGUUUGGGCCUCAAGGGCGACCAGCCCGUCAUCAGCGUCCACCUGUCGUACGAGAAGAACUACGCCUUUGUCGAGUUCCGCAACGCGCAAGAGACGACCAACGCGCUCGCGUUCGACGGCAUCGUGUUUGCCAACAGCGCGCUCAAGAUCCGCCGCCCCAAGGACUACCUCGGCGCCGACCCGAACGAGGUGGCGCCGCACGUGCCCGGCGUCGUGUCGACCAACGUGCCCGACACGGUCAACAAGAUCUUUGUCGGCGGCCUGCCGACCUACCUCAACGACGACCAGGUCAUGGAGCUCCUCAAGAGCUUUGGCGAGUUGCGCGCGUUCAACCUCGUCAAGGAGGGUGGCACGGGCCAGUCCAAGGGCUUUGCGUUCUGCGAGUACGUCGACCCGGCCGUGACCGAGGUCGCCUGCCAGGGCCUGAACGGCAUGGAGCUCGGCGACCGGUUCCUCGUCGUGCAGCGCGCUCAGCUCGGCGCCGCUCCGGGCAAGGCGCCCGGCCCGCCGGGCAGCGGCAUCGGCUUCCCCGAUGCCAUGGGCGGCCCGGGCGGGAUCCCGAGCGCGCCCGGCGCACCGCCGGCGAGCAUCAUGGCGGGCAUGCAGGGCGAGGCGCAGCCGACGCGCGUGCUCCAGAUCCUCAACAUGGUGAGCGUCGACGAGUUGACGAGCGACGCCGACUAUGCCGACAUCGUCGACGACAUCAAGGACGAGUGCAGCAACUUUGGCAAGGUCGAGGACGUAAAGAUCCCGCGACCGGUCAAGACGGCGACGGGCAAGGUCGACAUCAAGGCGAGCGAGGCCGUCAAGGACCUCGGCAAGGUCUUUGUCCUGUUCGAGAAGGAGGACGAGACGACGGCCGCCCUCAAAGCCAUCGCCGGCCGCAAGUUUGGCGGUCGCCUCUGUAUCUGCGCCUACGCUCCUCUCGAGUCCGUCCUCGACUGAGCGACGACUCGCCCCUCUCGCUCGUCCCUCCUCCUCGCGCUCUGCCACGCCCAUGCCUCUCUCCCCCAUCCUCGCCAUCGUCGUCCUCGUACCAUGUCCAUCACCCUAUCCCCUCGUCCUCUCUCUCUCUCCUCCAUGAUGCCCAAAAGCGAGCUCGGCGUCGCACGUGUAAUCUGCAGCCUAGACCCUCUUUCUUGCGCGCG